UAGAUGGCAGUCGUACACUUUUCGCGUGGAAUUGCACAAUAGCAAAGCUCCCCCUGUGGCAAAAGAGCUAACCUGCUCAGCUGUGCGAUAACAUCACACAGAGGAGGAAGCAUUACAGCAAAGCGCGAUGGGUGUCCAAGUCAAAGUCGAGUACUGUGGCGGAUGAGGCUACGAGCCCCGCUAUCAGGAGCUCCAGCGGUUGGUCACUGCAGAGUUUCCUGAGGCGGAGGUGUCUGGCUGGGUGGGGAGGCAAGGAAGCUUUGAAAUUGAGAUUAAUGGGCAGCUGAUCUUUUCCAAAAUGGAAACCAGUGGCUUUCCAUAUGAAGAAGAUGUGAUGGAUGUGAUACAGAAAGCCAGUGAAGGCAAGCCGGUAGAGAAGAUCACCAAGAGCCGGCCGCCGUGUGUUAUCUUGUAACGGUGUUGCCCUCUCUGACUCUUAACCUAUGCUUCCUGACCAUGACCGUAUCUCUCCUCAGAGCCCUCUUCUCUUAAGUAAGCAAAGCAUAAAUCCUGGGAAACACUGUCACCAUUUUUCCUCUGUAACCAUACAUGUACAUCUUGGAAGAACGUCCGUUGUCUGUUUUACAAGGUUGAGUUUCUUGGAGAGAUGCGUUUAUGGGCCCACAGGUGAGUCCUCUCUCAUGGCUGCUCCUGUAAGGUGGGGUUUGGACAUUAAUGAUUACUGUAGCUCAAAGGUCAAAGGUUACAGUAUGAAGAGACCAGUCCAGACACACCUGUUGCAGGGACAGAGUGAUCGAGGAGACCUGGGGGUGUUGCCAUAGAUGUUGGGGGUCAUGAUCAUUUUCCAAAAGCCAGUUUGCCUAGUCCAAGUAUGCCAUUUGUUAUUCAUAUUUUUUAUGUAACGUUAUUUGAUUACAUUUUUCUUUCAUAAAAAACGUGCUGCUGUUAAAAGUCUUGUCAUAUUGAUGUCUGGUAUGUAAGGGAUGACAAAAUUGUUUGCUUUAUUUAGUUUUUUUUAACAGCAAGUGCAAAAACAAUUACGCACAAAUAGCAAAUGGCUAAUAACACCAAUGUGAUGUGAAGAAUAAACCUGUUGGCUUAAA